AUGGUCGAAAUCGCAAACCAGGCCCUGAGGGGUUCCACUGCGAGCUUCGUCCGCCUAGCCCGACACCAUGCUUCUCGUCGCCUUGCCUGGCGGUCCCAUGUUCGGUGGCAGUCUGCAACCACAGCAGCGGCCGCGAAUGCUGAGAGCACCAAGGAGCGACAACACAGUCUAAACCUCUCGUCGCAGUCGCGCUACAACGACAUUGGCGUCCAGCACCUCAGCGCCCAUGUUUACAAACAGAUAUUCCCCGACGGAAACACACCGCCGCCUCCCGAGCUCGUAGAACUAGCCAGAGACCACUUGCGCCGGCACGACUUGCUCGGCAAGAACACCGACAACAACGAUCCCAUCGCGUUCGACCUCCCCGAUCUUCAAGGACGAACCCUAGACGAGCACUUCCACAAGCUUGCGGUGAACUCUGCCGAACCGUACCUAUCUCUAGCAAAACAGUUUGCGAGGGCCAACACGCCACCGAAGCCGCGGAAAUGGGUUCGUCGCAGUGGAUGGACAAAAUACUAUCCCGACGGCAGGACAGAGGCCGUCGAUGCGCCCGCCGAUUCCAUGUUAUGUUUUGACACAGAGGUUAUGUGGAAGGAGAGUUCAUUUGCUGUCAUGGCUUGCGCCUCGAGCCCGACGGCGUGGUAUGCCUGGCUGUCGCCUUGGCUGCUGGGUAAGUCCGAAACGGACCGGCACCUGAUUCCGUUGGGCGACCCAACGAAAGAGCGCGUGAUAGUAGGGCAUAACAUCGGGUAUGAUCGAGCGAGAAUAUUGGAAGAGUACGACGUGAAGCAAACGCGCAACUCCUUCAUGGACACCAUGUCGCUUCACGUGGCUGUAAACGGCAUGUGCUCGCAGCAAAGACCUACGUGGAUGAAGCACAAGAAGAGCCGAGAACUGCGAGACAAGAUUGCGAGCCAAACCGACGACGUACAGCUGGCGGAGCUGCUGGGAAACAGCGCUAUGCGGCAGGAAGAGGAGGAGCUUUGGGUGGACCGGAGUUCGGUCAACUCGCUUCGCGACGUGGCCAAGUUCCAUCUCGACGUCACCAUCGACAAGGCCGUGCGCGACGAGUUUGGCACGCUUGAUCGAGCGGGCGUGUUGAGCAAGCUGGACAACCUCCUGGACUACUGUGCUGCAGAUGUCGCCAUUACUCACCGGGUGUACCAGAUCGUCUUCCCCAACUUCCUCGACACCUGCCCUCAUCCCGUCAGCUUUGCGGCGUUGCGACAUCUUUCGUCGGUCAUCCUGCCUGUCAACAAGACCUGGGACGCUUACAUCCACAAUGCCGAGGCCACCUACCGUGAGCUGUCCGAUGCCGUCCAGGAGCGUCUGAUCGGGCUUACCGAACAGGCCCUCGCAAUCAAGGACGACCCGGAAAAAUGGGGCAACGAUCCAUGGUUAAAGCAGCUGGAUUGGUCUGGUCAAGAAAUCAAAAUGGUCAAGGGCAAGAAGAAGAAUGACCCGCCACGGCCGGCAGCGAGGCAGAAGAAGCCCGGUAUGCCGCAAUGGUAUAAAGACCUAUUCCCGAAAAACGACUCUCCCAUCAACAUCACAGUACGGACUCGUAUCGCUCCGAUACUACUCAAGCUCUCGUGGGAUAACCACCCCUUGUUCUGGUCAGACAAGUACGGUUGGACGUUCAGAGUGGCACAGGACGAAGCAGCAGACUACCAACAGAAGCAGAUGAUCGAGUGCGACUUCUCAGACUCUGAGAGCGACGCCGCGCUGCAGAAAGAAGAUGGUGUCUUUUUCAAGCUGCCACACAAGGAUGGUCCCACGGCACGUUGUGUCAACCCCAUGGCCAAGGGAUACUUGUCCUAUUUCGAAAAGGGCACUCUGUCUUCGGAGUACUCUUACGCCAAGGAGGCCUUGGAAAUGAAUGCGUCGUGUUCAUACUGGAUCAGUGCCCGCGACCGCAUCAUGUCACAGAUGGUUGUGUACGAGAACGACAUUCCAGGUAACAGCAAGGAGGCGAGCUCCAGGAAGGAGAAAGACCCGGAACAGUUGCAGGGGUACAUCCUACCCCAGAUCAUCCCUAUGGGGACCAUUACGAGGAGAGCAGUGGAGAACACGUGGCUUACCGCGAGCAAUGCGAAGAAGAACAGAGUCGGAUCGGAGCUCAAAUCAAUGGUCAGGGCGCCGCCGGGCUACUGCUUUGUCGGAGCUGAUGUUGAUUCGGAAGAGCUGUGGAUCGCGAGUUUGGUUGGAGACGCAACGUUCAAGCUCCACGGUGGUAACGCCAUUGGAUUCAUGACCCUAGAGGGCACAAAGGCCGCCGGCACAGAUCUGCAUUCGCGGACGGCAGGUAUCCUGGGCAUCACGAGAAACGAUGCCAAGGUCUUCAACUACGGCCGCAUCUACGGCGCCGGGCUCAAGUUUGCCGGCCAGCUGCUCAGGCAGUUCAACCCCAACUUGUCCGACAAGGAGACGAACGAGACUGCUGCGAGGCUGUACGCCAAAACGAAGGGCACCAAGACCAACAGGUCGGCACUGAGCAAGCGGCCGUUCUGGCGCGGCGGGACAGAAUCAUUUGUCUUCAACAAACUGGAAGAGUUUGCGGCCCAGGAGCGACCGCGAACGUUUGUGCUCGGUGCGGGCAUCACGGAGGCCUUGAUGCGCCGGUUCAUCAACCAGAACGGCUACCUGACGUCGCGCAUCAACUGGGCUAUCCAGUCCUCGGGCGUUGACUACCUCCACCUCCUAAUCGUAGGCAUGGAUUACCUCACCCGGCGGUUCAACAUCGAGGCUCGUCUCGCCAUUACCGUCCAUGACGAAAUCCGAUACCUCGUCAAGGACCACGACAAGUACCGUGCCGCCAUGGCACUCCAGGUAGCAAACCUCUGGACAAGAGCGAUGUUUGCCCAGCAGGUGGGCAUCAACGACCUGCCGCAGUCGGUGGCGUAUUUCUCCGCCAUCGACAUUGAUCACGUCCUCCGCAAGGAAGUCGACAUGGACUGUGUGACACCAAGCCACAAGACGGCCAUCCCCCCGGGAGAGAGCCUCGACAUCACCGCGCUCCUCGCCAAAGGGGCCGAGGCGCGUCUAGACCCGUCCAUCGUGCCUGACCCGGCGUACGCGCCCAAGCUCGACGGGAUCGAGUACGCGCCGCGCACACCCGUCAUGGACACGCUCGAGGACUCGACAUCGGCCGACCCUCAUUUCCUCAAGGCGCAGAUCGUGGGCACCGAGAUGGAGCUGAACCAGGUGCUCAAGGACAGGAGACAGUCGCUCAAGGCGCAGGAGGAGAAGAAGUCCCGCGCGCCCAGGCCGAAGAAGGAACGCAGCGUGCUGCCGUACCAGUCCGACGCAAAGCUGGUCCCGACCAUGACGGUGUCGGACGCGUUCGGCCACAACAAGUUUGGCUCGCGAUUCGAAACCAAGAACCGGUGGACGACGUGGCAGAAGGAAAAGGGCGCUGGUCGGUUUGGACCUAGCUCGCGGAUCUAG